UAAAGGCUGCAAUUGCAUCUGGCCAAGUCUACCAGUAAGGCCUAAAACGCGACCGCACAAAUCGCAGACGCACAAACAGCAACAGAAUCAACAACUACAGCCUCAAACAAAACAAGCCCUGGCUGCCGACCGCACCUGCAGUGACUGCCCCUGCCCGUGCCCCGCUUGCGUGUCCUGUCUAUCCUGCAAGAGGGCCAACAACAUCAAAGAUCCGCUGUGCCGGGUGGCAUCGGUGUCAGACGAAAUCAGGACAUGCAAAGAGCAUUUCAAUCUGCGCUGUGGCCUGCGUUACCUUUAUAAGAUGUCCCUAGCCGUCUCGCUUCGGCGUGCACUGCUGGUGCUGCUGUCUGGCGCCAUUUUUAUACUCACCGUGCUUUACUGGAAUCAGGGUGUAAUGAAAACGCAAGCGUAUUCUGAGGCACUGGAUCGGGCGAUUCGAAGCCACAAACAUCCACAUAAUUAUCCCAUACCUGUGGAGAAACUGUGGACUUACAAGUGUGAAAACGACAGAUGCGUUCGAUCCCAUUUCCUUGGAAAGGGCGCCAAGCGUGUCUCGUUCAUGUCCUGCUCCAUGACCUGCGGCGACAUUAACAUCUGGCCGCAUCCUACCAUCAAAUCCCUCGUCAACGGGCAUACGGUACGCUUUUCCACUGAGGAUGCACAGUUGCUGCUGGACACACCGCAUCAUGAGGUGCGCAAGCAGCUACAAUUGGUGUGGGACUGGUUUGUCAAGCAGCUUCGCGCAAUUCAGCGAUUAGAGUACACAGCAAGCUCCACAAGUGAAACGGGCGGGGCAGGGGCUAGUGAAUCCACGCGAACGCGUCGGCGCAGCUCCAUAUUGUCAAAUGCUCCACAAAACGAGUUCGACACACCAGCGGUGUCCCUAUUCGGAUCAACGUUUGGCGGACGACGUGCCGGCGAUGUUGAUAGUCUGACUGUUAAAUUGUCGGUAAUUAAGUCCCCAGAACUAGACUUCAAUCUUGAAAAUGAUGAGACCUACCAGCUAAGCACAACAUUCGAGAAUCGUAAUCUGCAGGUGCACAUUAAGGCGAAUUCAUACUUUGGUGCAAGGCAUGGACUGUCCACGCUGCAGCAACUCAUUUGGUACGACGACGAGGAUCACCUGCUUUGCACCUAUGCGACGACUAUGAUCAGCGAUGCGCCCAAAUUUCGUUACCGCGGCCUCAUGUUGGACACCUCCAGGCACUUUUUUUCUGUGGAGUCCAUUAAGCGGACCAUCAUGGCAAUGGGCCUGGCGAAGCUUAAUCGUUUUCACUGGCAUAUAACGGAUGCUCAGAGCUUUCCCUAUAUUUCACGCUAUUACCCUGAGCUGGCCGAGCAUGGCGCCUACUCGGAGAGCGAGACGUACAGCGAGGACGAUGUGCGAGAGGUGACAGAGUUUGCAAAACUUAAUGGAGUGCAGGUUCUGGUGGAAGUGGAUGCACCCGCACAUGCCGGCAAUGGCUGGGAUUGGGGCCCCAAAAGGGGACUCGGUGAACUGAGCCUCUGCAUUAACCAGCAGCCUUGGAGUUUCUACUGCGGCGAGCCGCCGUGUGGACAGCUGAAUCCAAAAAAUAACCACACCUACCUCAUACUGCAGCGCCUGUACGAGGAGCUGUUGCAACUGACAGGCCCCACGGACUUUUUUCACCUGGGUGGUGACGAGGUCAACUUGGACUGCUGGGCCCAGUACUUCAAUGACACUGAUUUACGGGGCUUGUGGUGUGAUUUUAUGCUGCAGGCCAUGGCGAGGCUGAAGCUGGCCAACAAUGGCGUGCCGCCCAAAUAUGUGGCCGUGUGGUCGAGCGCCCUGACCAACACCAAGUGUCUUCCAAAUAGUCAAUUCGUAGUGCAGGUCUGGGGUGGCAGCACGUGGCAGGAGAAUUACGAUCUACUCGACAACGGCUACAAUUUGGUCUUUUCGCAUGUGGAUGCGUGGUACUUAGACUGCGGCUUUGGCAGUUGGCGUGCCACCGGAGAGGCAGCGUGCUCGCCCUACCGCACCUGGCAGAACAUGUAUAAACACCGUCCCUGGGAUCGGAUGCGACUGGACAAGAAGCGAAUGAAGCAGGUGCUCGGUGGCGAGGCUUGCAUGUGGACGGAACAGGUGGACGAGAAUCAGCUGGACAGCCGACUAUGGCCGCGUUCUGCGGCACUGGCCGAACGCCUUUGGUCGGAUCCAAGAGACGAUCACGAAUUUGAUAUUGUGCCGCCUGAGGUGUUUCGACGCAUUUCCGUCUUUCGGAAUCGGCUGGUUGAGCAGGGCAUUAAGGCGGAGGCGCUGUUUCCCAAGUACUGCGGGCAGAAUCCUGGCGAGUGCAUUUGAUAUUACCUUUAAGCAUCCCCUAUCCGUUAGUUAGUUAAUAGUUUAAUUGUUAUAUUUUACUAUGAUGAUAAUGAUGAUGAUAUUAUGCGUUAAGUCGACUAAAACAAAUUGUAGGGGGUAGAGAAUCAUGCGCAUGAACAGACUUUUGCGUGUAUGGUUCGGAUGCGUUCUAGGCUGCAGCAAAGAUUUGCGAUCAAAUGGUUUCUGUCAAAUGGCAAGAAUUUAUACCAGCGCCUUUUCUUAGCUCUUGUCUAUGUUUAGCAUGACUCGAAUUUCUUUAUAUAGUACAAUUUCCACGAAUUGCGCACACACUGCAUACCUACAUACAUACAUACAUACAUAAAUGCAUCCAUUCAUAGGACCGUGAUUAACUAACGCGUAGCAUUAGCAAAUGUAGUUUUAGUUUUUUUUCUAACAAUCUCAUUCUCAGACACCCAAUCAGAUAAAAAAAAAUAUAUAUAUGUAUAUGCACACAGACACAAACACACAUAAAUACACACAACAUUAACAUAUGUAUGGAUAAUACAUAUCUAGUUUGAGUGCCGGAACUACCACAUGGCAUAUAUGUAUUUAUAUAUGUUGACCACACAUUUUAAUAUUGUUUAAAAGCUUUAAUCGAUGAAACAAAUUACGUAAAGAUAUUAGUUGGCCCAGCGGAUGUUACGCAAAUGUAUGUUUUAAUUUUCUUCAGUUAAGUUAAUUUUAAAUUAAAUUACAUUUUCAGUGAUAUAAACAAUGUGACCUUAUGACAAAGCAAAAGAAACAAAAACUUAGCGUUAGAUCAAUUAUAAAUACGAAAUGGCACGCGUUGGCACUCGAGUCGGGGGAUAAAUAGAAAGUAAUUGUAGUUAAUAAAAAAAUAAAAAAAAUUACAAUCGUGUCUAACGCAAUGCACAGACCCUGUCGCCUGUGCCCUCUAAAUAAUAUUAACCCAUUAUGUUAACCAUGUUUUGUACUUAAGUAAAGUUUUGCAAAAGGAAAAAGAUCCAAACUAUUUUUAACAUUUUGCUGUAACUCGAACUUCAAUUUCAAAAAUAAAACCCAAAUUAAACCCAAA